AUGUCCUCCUACGGGCAGCUGGUGAGCGCCCGCUGCGCCUCCCCCUGCGAGGUGUCGUGUCCCCAGCCCUACGUCCACUGCUGCAACGAGCCCUGCGUGGCCUCCUGCGGGGACUCCCGAGCCAUCGUCUACGCCCCCCCCGUGGUGGUGACAUUCCCGGGGCCCAUCAUCAGCUCCUGCCCCCAGGAGAGCGUCGUGGGAACGGCCAUCCCCGAGAUUGAGGGGGGGGGAGCUCCAGCUCCGACCCCGAGGACCAUGAGCAGCAUCAGCUCCCGGUGCCAGCCCGGCUGUGAGGUGACCUGCCCCGAGCCCUGUGCCUAUGGCAGGAGCCUUGGCUCCUGUGUGACAGCCUGUGGGGACUCCAGGGCCGUGGUUUAUGCCCCUCCAGUCCUCAUCACCUUCCCGGGCCCCGUCGUCAGCAGCUGCCCCCAGGAAGCUUUUGUGGGCUCGUCCUUCCCGCAGCCCUCCGGUGCUCUGAGCCCCAGGAUGGGAGGCUCCUACGGCUCCUAUGGCUCUGGGGGCUCCUAUGGCUCUGGGGGCAUGUCAGGAAUGGGGGGCUCCUCUGGCUCGGGGGGCUCCUCUGGCUCGGGGGGCAUGUCGGGCAUGGGGGGCUCCUCUGGAUGCUGCAGCUCCGGAGGCUCCGGGGGCUCCUCGAGGGCAGGGGGGUGUUACAGCAGGAGGUUCUACACCAGCCUCUGCUCCCGCCUGGGAAACUGA